GGGCUUGGGCUGUCUCUUACAAGGAGCCGGAGGCCUGCACUGCUGUCGGAGUCUCCCCUGGGUGGGAGCUCAGCAAGUGGGGGCUGGGGUCUCGGGUCUCGGUAGGGGACGUGUGGGGUGUGCCCGGACCCUCCCCUUCACAUCCUGCCCCUUAAGCAGCUUUAAGGGGCCGGAGCCGGUGGCUAUUUCUAUCCCAGGAAAUCCCCGGGCCAUCUGUGACCAACGAGGGCCUGAACCUCCCUCCCCCCAAGAACAGGGCCCAGUGGCCCCUGGCUCCGGAUGCCGGGGUGGGGGGAUCAGGCCUAGAUCGGCUGCCGGUGCCUGCCAGUGGGAGUUAGGCUUGCCGAGGGGCAGGCGAGGGAGUCCUGGCUGAGCCCAUGGGCUGAAGGGUUGCAAUGGCGGAGGCAGAGGCGGGGGUGGCAGUGGAGAUCCGUGGACUGUCCCCUGCUGUGCCAGACGAGCUGCUCACGCUCUACUUUGAGAACCGCCGACGCUCUGGAGGGGGACCUGUGUUGAGCUGGCAGAGACUGGGCUGUGGGGGUAUCCUCACCUUCAGAGAGCCUGCAGAUGCGGAGAGGGUCUUGGCCCGGGCAGGUCAUGAACUACAUGGUGUCCAGCUGAGCCUGCGGCCAGCUCCCCCACGAGCCCCUGCACGCCUGCUGCUCCAGGGACUGCCCCCUGGCACUGCACCCCACCUCCUGGAGCAGCAUGUCCAGGUCUUGCUUCAGGCCUCGGGGCUCCCAGUGCAGCCCUGCCGUGCCCUGGCCAGCCCCCGGCCAGACCGGGCUCUGGUCCAGUUGCUGAAGCCCCUUUCUGAGACAGAUGUCCGUGUCCUGGAGGAGCAGGCCCAGAAUCUGGGCCUGGAGGGGGCCUUGGUGUCUCUGGCCCGGGUGCCCCAGGCCCGGGCGGUGCGUGUGGUGGGGGACGGUGCCUCUGUGGAUCUGCUGCUGCUAGAGCUGUACCUGGAAAACGAGCGUCGCAGUGGCGGGGGGCCCCUGGAGGGCCUGCGACGCCUGCCCGGGCCCCUGGGCACUGUUGCCUCCUUCCAAGAGUGGCAAGUGGCAGAACGAGUGCUGCAGCAGGAACACCGGCUAGAGGGCUCAGAGCUGAGCCUUGUCCCCCACUAUGAGGCCCUGGAGCCCGAGGAGCUGGCUGAGAACACCCGUGGAGGGGACUACCCGUCCACCCUGGGGCAUUCGGCCAUGGAGCAUGCCCUCCUGAGGACCGGAGGGCUGGCGACAGCUCUGCAGGGUACAGAGACUGUGACAGUGAGCUCUGGCGAGGAACCAGGGCAGUCAGGGGCCUCUCUGAGGACAGGUCCCAUGGGGUCUCUGGAAAAGGCAGAGCCGGUUGGCUCGAAGCCCGUGGGGUCUCUGGAACAUGAAGGGCUGGUAAUCCUGAGGCCUGUGGGGUUACAGGAACAGGAGGGGCCCAUGAGCCUGGGGCCUGUGGGGUGUGCAGGCCUGCUGGAGAUCUCUAAGGGGUCGCUGGGGCAGGAAGGUCUGGUGGAGAUUGCCAUGGAUUCACCAGGGCAGGAGGGGCUGGUGGGUCCCCCGGAGAUCGCCGUGGGGUCUCUGGAGCAGGCGGGGCCCGUGAGCCCAGGGCAUGUGAGGCUUUUGGGGCAGGAGGGCCUGGUGGAGAUUGCCAUGGAUUCACCAGGGCAGGAGGGGCUGGUGGGUCCCCCGGAGAUCGCCGUGGGGUCUCUGGAGCAGGCGGGGCCCGUGAGCCCAGGGCAUGUGAGGCUUUUGGGGCAGGAGGGCCUGGUGGAGACAGUGCUGUCGAUGGAGCCAGGCGCGAUGCGCUUCCUGCAGCUGUAUCAUGAGGACCUUCUUGCGGGCCUGGGAGACGUUGCUCUCUUCCCACUUGAAGGAUCAGAUGUGACUGGCUUUCGGCUGUGCGGAGCCCAGGCCUCCUGCCAGGCGGCUGAGGAGUUUCUGCAGAGCCUGCUGGGCAGCAUUAGCUGCCAUGUGCUACACCUGGAGCACCCGGGCAGCACCAGGUUUCUCCUGGGCCCAGAAGGGCAGCGCCUGCUCCGUGGGCUGGAGGCUCAGUUCCAGUGUGUCUUUGGGACAGAGCGCCUGGCCACAGCCACCUUAGACACAGGCCUUGAAGAGGUGGACUCUACUGAGGCCCUCCCGCUGCUCCCUGGCCAUGCCCACGCCCUGUGGGCCCCGGACAGUACAGGCAGUGACCAGGAGGAUGUGAGCCUGGAGGAGGUCCGAGAACUGCUAGCCACCCUGGAGGGCCUAGACGUUGAUGGGGAGAACCAGCUGCCUCCAGAUCUGGAGGAGGAGAAGCCUCAGGAGCACCCGGAGGAGGAGGCGACCCCAGGGCCUGAGGAGGAUGAGCCUGCGGCCCCCAGCACUGGGGCCCCGAGGCGGCUGGAGGAGGAGGCUGCGCUGCAGCUGGCGCUCCACCGGUCACUGGAGCCUCAGGGCCAGGUGGCUGAGCAGGAGGCUGCUGCCCUGCGGCAAGCCCUAGCUCUGUCCCUGCUGGAGCAGCUUCCAUUGGAGGCAGGAGACCCCCCAGAUGGGGGAAGUGAUGGCAGGGCCCAGCUGGUGGUGCACUCGGCCUUUGAGCAGGAUGUGGAGGAGCUGGACCAGGCGCUCAAGGCUGCCUUGGAGGCCCACCUUCAGGAGGAGACGGUGGGGCCCUGGCGCCGCACACUGCCCGCAGAGCUGUGCGCUCGCCUGGAGCGAUGCCAUGGUGUGAGCGUUGCCCUGCGUGGUGACUGCACCAUCCUCCGUGGCUUCGGGGCCCACCCUGCCCGUGCUGCCCGCCACUUGGCAGCACUUCUGGCUGGCCCCUGGGAUCACAGUUUGGCCUUUCCCUUGGCAGCUCCAGGCCCUACCUUGGUGGAGCAGACGCUGGAGGCGCCCUGGAACAAGCUGGAGUGUCUGGCAGAGAGCACCGGGGAGUUCCGGGAGGUGGUGCGGUCCUUCUACGACACCCUGGACGCCGCCCGCAGCAGCAUCCACGUCGUUCGCGUGGAGCGAGUGUCGCACCCACUGCUGCAGCAGCAGUAUGAGCUGUACCGGGAGCGCCUGCUGCAGCGAUGUGAGCGGGGCCCCGUGGAGCAGGUGCUGUACCACGGUACGACGGCGCGGGCAGUGCCUGACAUCUGCGCCCACGGCUUCAACCGCAGCUUCUGCGGCCGCAACGCCACUGUCUACGGAAAGGGCGUGUAUUUCGCCACGCGCGCCUCCAUGUCGGUGCAGGACCGCUUCUCGCCCCCCAACGCCGACGGCCACAAGGCGGUGUUCGUGGCACGGGUGCUGACCGGCGACUACGGGCAGGGCCAUCGCGGUCUGCUCGCGCCCCCUCUGCGGGGCCCCGGCCACGUGCUCCUGCGCUACGACAGCGCUGUGGACUGCAUCCGCCAGCCCAGCAUCUUCGUCAUCUUCCACGACACCCAGGCGCUGCCCACCUACCUCAUCACCUGCGAGCGCACGCCCCGGGCUCCCCCCGACGACCACUCUGGGCUCCGGGGCCCCUCCCCAGCCACUUGACCGCAGGGGCCACCCUCUGCUCUGGCCUCCCGCUGCCCAGGCUCCCGACUCCGCCUAGCCUGAUGCCCCCCGCCCCCCACUGUGGCCGCCGGAGCUGACCCGGGGAUGCCUCUGCCUCCCGCUGCGGGCUCCCGAAGGCGGGGUUGAGGGUUGGGGUCAGCAGCGGCCGAGCGGGGCCGGGCCGGGUCUCCCCCUGGGCCGAACCCCCCACCAGGAGUCAGCAGAGCCCGAGAGGAGGGGGCGGCGACACCGCCCGCCCGCCGCGCCGCGUCCUCGCUCCAAGCGGCUGUUGUUUGAAUAAACGUGAAUGUGAAACCGGGCGUGAGGGCCCCGGGAACUCCGA